GUUGGGAUAUCAGUAGUCUGGCACGGCCGUUAUCGAAUUCGAACGUUCGGCGAAGCAGAAACCCGGUUUUAUCCACUCGACGACUUUUUAUAUUCACAAAAUAAACUACUUCGAUUCCCAGAGCAGCACGGUCUGCCUAUUUUGAAACAUACUCUUUUUUCAACCCUUCGAUUCGUCAGCAACAUCCCGCCCUAUUAUUUCUCGAACCCCAUCGCAACCUAGCUACAAGUUCUGAGACAUGAUGCCCUCAUCGAUGCAAUUGUCUGCGCCGUCUGGCGUUCCAUACACUCCGACGAGCGACGCUCUGGAUCGUCACGAGUAUGGCAUCACGAAAAACCGGAAGCUCGCGUCCACUGGCGGAGGAAGGGCGUGGAGCGAGGAUGAGGAAGUGUACUUGCUUCAGACUCGUCUCCAGAAGAUGCCGUACAAGCACAUUGCCGCUCACCUGAAGAAGACUGAGUUGGCGUGCCGCCUUCACUACCACCAGCUUAGCCACGGAAGCAAUCGCCGCAAGCGAACCACCUCCGUGUCCUCGGGCUCUUCUACGGGCCAUUCGCCGCUCCUGCCGGCUGCUGUUCCGUCGCCCGUCCACGAGCGCUCCCCGCGGGAUAACUCGCCGUCCGGGAGCGUCGCAAGCCACGAGCCCGAAUCGCCACCUAACUACACGACCUCGAUGGUGCAGCUUCCCAGCAUCAUAACCGGCGCCAAUGUUUCGCCUCGCCUGCCCGCCAUCUUACCCAAACCAGCUACGAUGAGCAUUGCGAGUGUUGUCCCCACGCCAUCGUGUGGUUAUGCGAUAGCAGACGCGACCCGGCCGCUGGCGCCAUCCCCGUUUCCCCAGCCUCUGUCCAUCGACCCGGGUCCUGUCCUCCGCCUCGACUGCUCUCUCCCCGCACCCUCGACUCACGUUGAUAUCCCUCGGCUCCAGUCCAUCUACGCGGCGCACCGAUCGUCGUUCUGGGGGACGGUCGCAGCCGAGUACGGCUCGGGCAUCAGCCCAAUCGUGCUAGAGCAGGCGUGGAAGGCGAGCGUGAUCUCCACCAGCGGCCAAACUCCGAUAACACCGGUGGCGAGCCCGAACGACCGCGAGAACGUGUACGAGAAGAGUGAUAAGACCCGUAUCAGCGCCAUCCUCGGGAUCGACGCCAACCCGCGGAGUCCGAAGGAGAGGGAACUGGUCCGGCGCAUGGAGGAAGAAAGAAGCGUCGGCGUGACGACUAUCGCGUAGGGGAGCGACCCGGGGAUAGCGUUCUGUGUCAAGACUAUUUAAUCAGGUCCAGCCGCAACGGUGUCGAAUCGUGGUUACCAAUCCCCGGGGCCGGUCCGAGUCGGCGUUGCUGCUGGCCCGAAACCGAGCUGCCGACCCUAUCUUAGCCGCUACGCCCUCGUAUAUCUUUUAGUUUUUUUUUUCCGUAAUGCACCCUUGCCCUUUCAGUUCGCCUCUUUUUAACCCAUACAUGUCUAUUUAAACAGCGCGUGGAUAAUUCUCUUUUUCACCAAUUUUUUUUUCAGGGCACUGCGGCGUGAAAAGGAA